CUACAUUUUCUCAGGAUCAAAACAACAACAAGUCCAGGAUGCUCGGAUCGCUGCUUGCGCUGCUCGUCGGAGCCCUCCACGUCUACUUUCUCGUGCUCGAAAUGUUCCUGUGGACCAAGCCAUACGGUCGCAAGGUCUUCCGGCUGGAUCCGGCGUUUGCGGAAAAGUCUGCCACGCUCGCAGCCAAUCAAGGUCUCUACAAUGGAUUUCUCGCUGCGGGUCUGUGUUACGGCGUCGUCACUGGCUCGACCGAGUUUAUCCUCUUCUUCCUCGUGUGCGUGAUUAUCGCCGGUGCGUACGGUGGCGCAACCGUCAAGCCCAUCAUUUACUAUGUCCAGGCCGCGCCGGGCCUCGCAGCCGCUGCCGCCGUCUUGCUGGGCCUGUAGCAACAACAACGACAACAAUCCCAAUUGCGAUUGAAUCGAGUUUGGUUUUGGUGGAACGGCCACUGUUCCUCCUUACCCCCCCCUCUUGCUCGGUCCCCAUGAAUGCGUGUGAUGAAGCAUGUCACGAUUUGUGUCGAUUGGCGGAAAUAAAAACGGUCAUUCUCUUUGUCCACUCGCAAAAGGGGGGGGGGCGGAAGCGGAGAAGCAACAACCGCGGUCACUCGU